CUUUAUCUGAAUCUUCUCCGAGUUCAAUGUUCUCGUUAACUUUAAUCCAACCCCAUCUCCGUAUUCCAGAGCUUCCGGCGACACAAACCCUAAAGUUGUCGACUUUAUCUGCCAUCACCGAUUCCAGACCAAAGCGAGAUGAACAGAGGAACAGAAGACUAUCUGCGUUUCGUCUCUUUUCCAAAAAGAAAUCAACUUUCGAUAUGGGUUUCAGCGAUUCAUUCGUUUUAGAGCUUCCCGGAGAUAAUAAUCUGAGUUACGAUUCAUCGUCACGAGUGGAUUACGCUCUGCUCGCGGAGUGGCUACAGUCUUCUAAAGGGAUGCGACUCAUCAAAAGGAUUCACGCGAUGGCUUUAAAGUGUUUCGACGACCAAGUGAUUUACUUCGGUAACAAUUUGAUUAGUGCUUGCGUGAGACUCGGUGAUUUGGUUUAUGCACGCAAAGUGUUCGACAGUAUGCCUGAGAGAAACACUGUUACUUGGACAGCGAUGAUUGAUGGGUACUUGAAGUACGAUCUCGAAGAUGAGGCUUUCUCGCUGUUUGAGGAUUAUGUUAAGCAUGGGAUUCGUUACACGAACGGGAGGAUGUUUGUGUGUUUGUUGAAUCUGUGUAGUAGGAGACCAGAGUUUGAGCUAGGGAGGCAGGUACAUGGGAGUAUGGUGAAAGUUAGAGUAGAGAAUCUCAUUGUUGAGAGUUCUCUCGUUUACUUCUACGCGCAGUGCGGUGAGUUGACGAGUGCUUUACGAGCUUUUGAUAUGAUGGAGGAGAAGGAUGUGAUAUCUUGGACAGCUGUUAUAUCUGCUUGUUCGAGGAAAGGGCAUGGGGAGAAAGCUAUAGUGAUGUUUAUUGGAAUGAUGGAUCAUGGUUUUUUGCCUAAUGAGUUUACGGUGUGUAGUAUCUUGAAGGCUUGUAGUGAAGAGAAAGCGUUGAGAUUUGGGAGGCAAGUACACAGCUUGGUGGUUAAGAAGAUGAUUAAGAAAGAUGUUUUUGUAGGGACUUCGCUGAUGGAUAUGUAUGCUAAGUGUGGGGAGAUUUCAGAUUGCAGGAAAGUGUUUGAUGGGAUGAGCAAUAGAAACACAGUCACGUGGACUUCGAUAAUCGCUGCACAUGCUCGGGAAGGUUUUGGUGAGGAUGCUAUAAGCCUCUUUAGGGUGAUGAAGAGGCGGCAUCUGAUAGCUAACAAUCUGACAGUAGUAAGCAUCCUUAGAGCAUGUGGAUCUGUUGGGGCUUUAUUGUUGGGGAAGGAGCUUCAUGCUCAGAUCAUCAAGAACUCUAUCGAAAAGAAUGUCUACAUUGGGAGUACUUUGGUUUGGCUAUACUGUAAAUGCGGAGAGUCUCGUGACGCUUUCAAUGUUCUUCAGCAGUUGCCAUCUAGAGAUGUGGUUUCAUGGACAGCUAUGAUCUCUGGAUGUUCGAGCUUAGGACAUGAAGCAGAAGCGCUGGACUUCUUGAAAGAGAUGAUUCAAGAUGGUGUAGAGCCAAAUCCGUUUACAUACUCCUCAGCUUUGAAAGCUUGUGCUAACUCAGAAGCUCUCCUUAUCGGCAGAUCAAUCCAUUCCAUUGCAGAGAAGAAUCAUGCUCUGUCAAAUGUCUUUGUAGGAAGUGCUUUGAUUCAUAUGUAUGCAAAAUGUGGGUUUGUCUCGGAAGCUUUUAGGGUAUUUGACAGUAUGCCUGAGAAGAACUUGGUCUCAUGGAAGGCUAUGAUAAUGGGUUAUGCGAGGAAUGGGUUUUGCAGGGAAGCAUUGAAGCUAAUGUAUAGAAUGGAGGCAGAGGGAUUUGAGGUUGAUGAUUAUAUAUUUGCAACCAUUCUGUCUACGUGUGGGGAUAUUGAGCUAUUAGAUGAAGCUGAAACUUCUGCAACUUGUUACUUAGAGACCUCUUGA